UGGUAGGAGUAGAGUUUAAGGGAGACCACUGUGUGACUGGACUGUAACUUGAAACCAAAGAUAGAAUCGAGAAAGCGGGACUAAGGGAGAAGUGAGCAAGAGAAAAUUGGAAGGCGGGGGCAGGAAACAUUGAAAGAGUUUGAGAUGGUGAUGUCAGCUGAGUUCACAAAGUAAACAGAGUUCCAGACUGCAGCAUGCUGUCUGCGAAACCUGGACUACAGCUUGGGCAAACGGAUGGAGGCUCCCACACGAUUCUCGGGACCAGCGCAGUUAUCAGUGGGAGGGCAAGCUGGUUCCUUCUCAUUUACCUCCUCAUCUUUAUCUUCGUACCUCAAGGGAGCUCCUGGCCAAACAAUUACAGGUAUUUGUACAACCACUGUCCGGGCCCAGAGUGGAACGUCAUGUGCAGGGGUUGUUGCGAGUAUGAUGUGAUCCGCUGCAAAUGCCCCCUGCAGGGGACGUCAGUUGGCUACGCUGUGCCUUGCUGUCGCAACGCCAUCAAUGAGUGCGAUCCCUGUAUCAUCCAUCCAGGUUGUAGUAUUUUUGAAAACUGCAAGCGGUGCAACAAUGGGACAUGGGCUCCUAAAGAUGACUUUUUCAUCCAUGGCCAAUACUGUGCUGAGUGCCGUCCUGGAUGGUCUGGCGGAGAUUGCAUGAAGUGUGGCGAAGUGAUCCAUAAACGUCAAGGCCACUUAAUUCUGGAGAGCUACCCCAACAACGCUAGAUGUGACUGGACCAUACAAGUGGACAAUCCAUUUACAAUAGAACUCAGGUUUAUGAUGCUGAGUUUGGAGGUACAUCAUUCGUGUCGCUAUGACUUCGUGGAGGUCAGAGAUGGUGACAGCAUCAACUCUCGUGUUAUAGGUCGGUUCUGUGGAAACAACAGACCUGCUCCCAUUAAGAGCUCUGGAAACAGUCUCCACAUUCAUUUUGAGUCUGAUGGUUACAAGAAUUUUGAUGGCUUCUUUGCUACAUUCCAGGAGAUUUCAGCUUGCAGCUCUUCUCCAUGCCUACAUGAUGGGACUUGUAUCCUCGACAGCUCAUACUCAUAUCACUGUGCCUGCCUGGCUGGCUAUACAGGAAAAAGGUGUGAAAAUGUGGUGGGUUGCCGUGGGCCACCUGUGCCCACCCAUGGAUCCACACAGGGAGUGUUUCAUCACACAGGGGCAAGAAUUGCUUUCUACUGUGAUGCGGGGUUUCAGUUGCAGGGAUUACAGACUGCCAUAUGCCUGAGUGAUGGCACCUGGAGUGCCCCAGCCCCCCACUGUGUUCCAGAAAGAGAAUGUACUCUACCUCCAAAGCCAACACACGGGGACCACUUCUUGGUUUAUGGUCCCAAUGAUGUUUUAAUCGCUCUUCAGUACCUUUGCCAUCAGCCCUAUGAACUCAUUGGAGUCUCUCAAAGAACCUGCCUUCCGAAUAACACUUGGAGUGGGAGUCAUCCAGUAUGUACCAAAGUGAAUAACACGCUCACCGAACCAGAAAAGGACACCAACACUGCAAAAGAGAUGGGAAAAGGUACAGGUAUGGAUGAAGAAGUAAUACACAAUGAAAAAGAUGUCAGCACUCCUACAGAGCAUACAGAUAUAAAUAAAGAAUGUGAUCAUAGUAGAACAGCAAAAGACAAAAACUCUGGUAUUAUUCCAGGGAAAACUGUGGCUGAGGAGAGGAAUGAAGGGGAAAAAAAUAAUGGCUCAGAGAAAACCACAAGCGGCAGUGAAGAUAAAUUGGGUAGUGUUGGCCCAGACAAUAGCCUGGACACAGAGGAGAAUAAAGAACCUGAAAUAGUAAAACCUGGGAAAAAAGAAGACAGCCAUUCCCCAAAGUCAGAGACCGAUAUCACUGACAUAGUGGUGAUAAAAGACAAAGGACAAGCUGAGAAGGAAAGAAAAGAAGAACAGGUCAAUGGAAAGAAAGACUCUGGCGAAGUCGGACCGAACGACACUAAGCUGCGGACGGUCGUCUCAGAGGAAAUAAACACAGUCGAAAUCUAUGAGCAGGAAAUGGCAAAGAACAACACAGUCACGGAUGAUAUGAAUGACAUAAGGAAAAACAAUAAUACUAUAGCCUUUCCAGAGAGGAAAAUAUUCCCCUCAAGAGUCAAUAUUACACUGUAUAGGGCAGGAGGUGAAGAAAGUGGGAAACCAAAGGAAAACCCAACCAUUAAAGAGGAUAAAGCAGAAACAAAGAAACCAAAUGAACUUGAUAAGGAUCAAAAGGAGAAAGAAAACGAGAAAGACAUAAACCAGAGCUUCACUGAGAGGAGCUGCCCGCCUCCCCCACGCCUCUAUCACGGUUAUCAUGUGAUGAUGCCGGGUGGCAAGCCUAAGACAGUGGAGUUCUUCUGUAACCACUCCUAUGCUCUAAGUGGAGAUGCCUUGCGAAGUUGUCAACCAGAUGGUACCUGGAGUGGCAAACAGCCCCUCUGUGUUAGAGCAUGUCGAGAGCCUAAAGUUUCAGAGUUGGUCAGGCAGCGAAUUCUUCCUCCACAAACACCAUUCAGAAAGACACCAGUACAUAAAUUGUACUCCACUGCAGUGGGCCGACAAUUCCAGUCUGACGGUCCCACCAAAGGGCCACCAGUACCUUUGCAGUUGGCUACGGGUUUCCAUCACCUUUACACGCACAUUGAGUAUGACUGUGUGUCCCCGUUCUACCACCAUAAUGGCAGCCCACGGCGUACUUGCCUAAAAACGGGGAAAUGGAGUGGGCGUCAUGUGUCUUGUUCACCAGUGUGUGGGAAGCAUCCAACCUUUGACCCUGAGAAGCCGGGAGAGGCUCAUUGGCCUUGGCUAGUCGCCAUCUACCGCCGCUCCACCAAUGGUGCAGGCACCAAGGUGACCAAAGCAGAUACUUACACCGGAUCCGUAAAGAAGGAUGGCAGCACAAGAGUGAGCAACGAUUUGGAGGCUGCUGACUGGCAACUGGUGUGCAGUGGUGCUCUGGUGAACCAAAGGAGCGUCGUGGUUGCAGCCCACUGUGUGACACAAUUGGGCAAGGUAUAUCCUCUGGAUGCAACCAACAUCAAGGUGGUGGUAGGGAAACACUAUCGUGAUGAUCACAGGGAAAAUAAAGGUCUUCAAAACUUGAGGGUGGCCACCACCAUUAUUCACUCAAAUUACGACCCUCAUAUUCUUGACUCGGACAUAGCUGUCAUCAAAUUACUGGACAAAGCAAAGAUUGGAGAGAAAGUUCAACCCCUCUGCCUGUCUGACAUUCAGGAUGAAGUUGAAACCUCUGGACAAGGCCUUGUGACAGGCUGGUCCCCGCUCCCUGACUCAGGCUUGGGGGCUGAAGAAAAAGUGAGAGUUGGCCUUGUUCAGCUCGCUGACAUUGUCCCGUGUGAGCGGCAAUACGCACGUAAUGGGGUACCAGUCAGUGUUACGGACAACAUGCUGUGUGCAAGCCAGAAACCGAACUAUGGACCGUCUAAUAUAUGUCCCUCUGACACUGGGGGAAUCCUCAUCCUCCCUGCACUCACUGACAACAAGGACAAUCCCUCUGUUGGCUUCUCUCAAAGAGGAAACAAAAGAUUUUGGAGGCUUCUAGGACUAGUAAGCUUUGGCUAUGACCAGGGGGAGUGUGAUCCUGAACUCUAUACAGUUUACACACAUGUAGCAAACUUUAAACUCUGGAUAGAGAAUAGCAUGAAAUAAAAAAUACACCUGUAUGACUCAUAUUUAUAUGCAAUUUAUCCUUCCUUCCUGUGUCUCUUGCCUCUUGUGUCUUGUUUUCCUUUACGUUAUAGUCACUUUCUCACCCCCUUUUUAAUGUGCUCUUGCUAGACACAGUGCCCUAAGUGAUGGGUUGCUUUUACAGAAAAUGUGUUUGAUCAUUGAUUAGAAGACAUCUUGGCCGUCAAUGUGAGGUUAAUGACUUGAAAAUGACAAAAAGUUCAUCUUUAAAAUGAGCAUAUAAUGUUUUGUAUGUACACAUUGGUAUGUACUGUAUAUACAGCAUAUUGUGAUGUAUUGCUUUUUUUGUUAACUAAUAUGACUUCUGAUGUACAUAUUAUAUGGAAAGAAACAAAUUAACUUUUUUUUUUAUUAUUAAAGAAAGGGGAAUUCUGGUUAGUGUGACAAAUGAUUUUUUAAAAUUGUUGUUAUUAAUGGGGGAUUCAGGUCAGAGUUUAUGAUAUUGAUGUUUUUGAAUAGAAAACCCCUCUGCCUUCUCUUUGCCCACUGUGUUAUGAAGCAAAUUAAUCCAGGUCAAAGCAGCACCAUUUCCGCAACCAUAAACGGAGCAUAUUAUUCACAUAUCAUUUCACUCCUCUGUGCUCAAAUUAAAUCAAUUACUUCGAA